AUGGCUGGUUUGGCACUAGAUUCUCUACCACCUUACCAAGAAACAUCAUUGAUUGAUUACACUCCUAACGACAUACCGGAUCUCUACCUGGCAAGCCCUUCUUUCCCACAAGAUACAGCUUCACUCAUGGAACCACCACCUGCUUAUUCGACAUUCGUCCCGCGGGAAAUGGACGAUGACGAGGAGGAUCGUAGGCCAUGGAGCGAAUGGAGUGAUGAUGAAAAGAUCAGCAUGACGUUCAUUGUAGUUCUGUUUCUAUGGUUUAUCUUUUGCACCAGUCUCGGUCUUGUUGCGUUCGUCCAGUGGCUGAAUGGAUCUCAGGUGAGGCCUGAUGCACCUGUGUGUCCUCCAUCGGUAUCUGCUAGGAGGAUAAUUUUUUGGUAA